AUUUGUGAUGUAAAAGACAAUGUAUUAAAAUCUAUGCAUAAUAGCAAUCCAAUUGUUAAGUGGGCUUAAAGAAAAGACAACAUAUUCUUGACAGUUGAAGUCAGAGACUUAAAAGAAGAGAAAGUCGAAUUGACAUCAACAUCCUUGAAAUUUAGUGCUAAUGCUGAAGGCGUGAAUUAUGCAUUUGAAAUCAAUUUCUAUGCCGAAGUCAUCGUUGAAGUAUCAAAUUACAUAACAGUAAGGAAAGUAAAUGGACUAAUUAUGGAGUCAAUGUGAGAUUCAUUUUGAGCAAAAAAGACUAAGCUGCCUCCUAUUGGACUAGAUUGAUCAAAGAAACUCAUAAAUUGUAGUAUAUACAAGUAUCCCAAUCCCACUAAUUCUAAUAGGUUGACUGGACCAAAUAUAUCGAUGAGGAUGAUGAAGCUGAAGAAGGAGGAAAAGGAUUAGAUGAUUGGAAUGCUAAUAAUUUCUAAGGAUUUGAUGGAUAAGGUUAACCAGAUGAAGAUGAUGAAGAAGAAUAAGAAUAAGAAUAAGACGAAUAAGAAUAAACAUAAGAAGAAUAAUAAUAAGAAUAAUAAUAAUAAUAAGAAGAAGCAUAAAAUUAAUGA